AUGGCAGCCAAUGGCUCUGCUGGGACACAGGAUGCUCUGCUGGACAACACCUUGGUGGGUGCUGAUGACCUGUCUGACUGGUACAUCUAUGAAACCAUGGAACCAGCCACCUCUCAGGAAGACAUGUUCCCCACCGUGAUCCCAGCCUGUGACCCCACCAUUUCUCCCAGGCUUUAUCACACCUGCAUGGCUCCCAUCUCUCUGGUGGUGCUGGCAGCCUUGUCCUUGCUGGUGAAACGCAGGCGUCUCCACCGAAGCUGCUGGAAGGGUGUCCCAGGACUGCUCAGCCCGGCCAACUUCCUGGAGGAGGAAGGCAACCAAGGGCUGGUGGCCGCCGUCUUUGGCAUCUUGUUCUCCUCCCUCUGCAUCCUGCUCUUGGACAAGGACCCUCUGCCCCUCAUGGCCCCCUCCUCCCAGAGCACCCGGGAGUACUGGAAGAUCCUGGCUCUGCUCUACUACCCUGCCUUCUACUACCCCCUGGUUGCCUGUGCCACCAUCAGGCACAGGGUCAGCUACCUGCUGGGCUGCCUGCUCUCCUGGUCUCACUGCACCAUCCACAUCUGGCAGCAGCUGGAUUGUCCCCAGUCACCCAAGAUCUACAAGUACUACUCCAUCCUCUCUUACAUCCCCAUCAUCCUCUGUCUUGUGCUCCUGAGCCUUUGGUACCCAGCCCUACUCAUCAGGAGCUUCACCACGCAGGAGGAGGCCUUGGAGAAGGAGGUGACAGGGAGAAGUUACUACAAGAAGUACCUCAAGGCCAUCCUGUCCAAACGCCCUGGGAAGGGGAGCUCCACCAAGAUAGAAGAGAACCUCCUCUCCAAGGUCCAGACCUAUCUACGUUCCUACAUCUACACUCCUGAGGAAGGUUUCCGGAUCCCCCUGAAGCUCCUCCUGUCCUUCACCACGGCCGUGAUCUCAGUCUACCAGGUGGCCCUGCUGCUCCUGGUGGCUGUUGUCCCCACCAUCCAGAUCGUGCGGGCGGGGAUGACCAAGGACAUCGUGGUGUUGUUGGUCCAGUUUGGUUUGGUGCCCUCGGACAACCCAGCAGUCCCAGGGGACAUGGAGAAGGAGCUCAGCACCGUCAAGUACUACCUGUGGUCCCUGGAAGUCUGCUACAUCUGCUCACUGGUGCUGUGCUGCCUGCUGACCUGUGCCAUGCUGCUGAGGACUCUGGGCUUGCACAGGAGCAACCUGAAGACCCUUUACCAAGGGGCAGUGCUGGAUGUGUUCUACAAAGCCCACAUCCUGCGCCCGUCCCGCCGAGCCCUGGUCAGCUGGAUGAGCUUUGCUGCUUUCCAAGCAGCUUUUGCCUGCCUGGGUCUCCUCAUCCAGCAAGUGAUUUUCUUCAUCUGCUCGGUGGCCUUCACCUUCCUCAUCGUCAUCCCUCUCCAGGCUGGCACCAACACCUACCUCUUCAAAGUCCUCCAGAACAUGUGGCCCUUCUGGUUGACCCUGGUGGUUGCUGUCCUUGUGCAGAACGUGGCAGCUCACUACCAGUUCCUGGAGCAGCAUGCUCUCCAGAAGGAGCUCACCAACAGGAGGGCUCUCUACAUAGUCACCUACUUGCUCUUCCCCAUCAACGUCCUGCUGGGCCUCCUGGCCGGGGUGUGGAGGAUGCUGAUCUCUGCCCUGUACAAUGCCACCCACUUCUGCCAGCUGGACAUCAGCCUGCUGAACAGGGGCGUGGAGACCUUCGACCCGGGCUACCACACUUACUGCCACUACCUGAAAAUCGAGGUCAGCCAGUCCCACCCAGUGAUGAAAGCUUUUUGCCUGCUGCUCCUCCAGCCAGCCAGGCCAGAGGGGACACCAGGGCUCAGGGCCACCAACGUGGAAGAAGGCCUCCAGCUGAUGCAGCCCACGAAGGCAGGUGGCAGCAGGGGCAGCAGGCUCAGGCAGAGCCGUGCCCGGUGGGGCUUGGCCUACACCCUCCUCAACAACCCCCCCCCCUGCCGCAAGAAUGUCCUCUCCAACCCCACGGCCAACGGUGCCCAGCUCAGCCCCCCCAAGCCCUGA